GCUCAUUUCUGAUUCGCAUUCGUCGACUUUCCUCUGAUGACUGUACAUACAGGCGGCUUCGACCCCCGAGGGUCAGAACGAUCAUAAGCGUAACCAGCUUCGCGAGCUUGCUGCACUAAACGGAACUCUUCGUGAUGACGAGAACCAGAUCUGUCAGAACUGCGGUGGCGUUGGCCACCGGAAGUACGACUGCCCAGAGCAGCGUAACUUCACGGCCAACAUCAUCUGCCGCGUUUGCGGAAGCGCAGGGCACAUGGCUCGAGACUGUCAAGUUAACAGGGACCCUAACGCCAUUCAUAACGCACCUCCUUCUAACUCGAUGGCGGUUACAAAGGGUGGCUUCGACUCCGAGUACGCAAGUCUGAUGGCGGAGCUCGGAGAGGGCGGGAAGGGUCCUGGAGACGGCCCCAAGAAUUCCUGGAUGGGAAGCGCAGGUCACGAUAUCACUGCCGGCGGUUCUAACAUCCCUCCCUGGCGCCGCCCGGAAGUCUGGCAGAGCAGCGCCGUGCCUCCUCAGCAGAACAACGGCUAUCGCCCGCCCCAGGGUUACGGCGGUUACGGCGCCGGCUACGGCGCCCCCCAGGGCCAACAAUGGGGUGCUCAAGGCGGAUACGGAGGUGGUCAAGCCGGCGGUUACUAUCCUCAACAGGACUACUCAGCCAACUACGCUCAGUACUACCAGGGUCAAUACGCUCAGCAGCAGACCGGUACCCCUUCACACUGAUCCGAUUUUCGCUCUGACGCUCCUCGUCCCCGUCUAACCCCCGGUUCCCAUCGUUCCACGACCUCCCCAUUCUCCCCAGGUCUUGUUGUCGACUCUAGCUCGUUCACAGCUCUUACUACACCCGCUCAUGCCCCAUUCCCGUUGCCGUCAUCACCGAGACUGCA